AUGAGCGGCGCGAGCACCAACUUUGGCGGGCUGUCGGAGGAGGCGGCGCGCGUGGCGGGGAUAAAGGGGAAGAAGAGCACGUUCAAGGAGAAGACGUGGGUGAACCCGUCUCGCACGCUCUACAUCACCAACGUGCCGCCCGGCGCCUCCACGGAGCAGCUCGAAGGGCUCUUUCGGCAUCUGGAGGGCUUUAUUGCUUUUCGUCGGGUGCGCAGCAUGUGCUUUGUUGACUUUGACGAGAAGCAGCAUGCGACAGCAGCCAUGUGGAAGACCAACGGGCACAAGUUCAAGCCGCACCACGACGGGCUUCUCGUCAGCUACGACAAGGACGACGGGGAGGAGAAGGGGGGGUGGAGCAUGAGGCAGCGAGUGGAGGAGCGGCAGCGCAAGGCAGAGGCGGACCUCUCCCGCGUGCUCUACCGCUGCGCCGCCUGCAACCACUUCUGCUUCAAACUCGCACGCCCGCUGUCAGCCCUGCCAGAGCGGCGCACGGACGGCAGCAGGGUGGUGGAGGCGGCAACAGAUCUGGUCACCAUGAUGGCCGUUAAGGGCGGCCAGAAGCUGCUCAAGAGGGAGAAGGGGGUGGAGAGGCAGUUCCGGUACAACUGUGAGCUCUGUGACGCCUGCAUCGCGUACCGCCCCGUGCCCUACGAGCAAGAGUCCAAGUACAUCUACCUCUUCCCUGAGGCCUUGACAGAGUCAAAGCCAGGCCAGCCAAGCCACUCCUCCCCGGCAGCAGCGGUGGCGGCAGCGGUGGCAGCGGGCGUGGCGGUGUCCCCCGCAGUGGCUCAGCUGCGGCCCGUGACUGUGGCUGCUGAUGGACUGCCCUCCAUCCUCGGCCUCCCCGGCAUGCCCCUCCCUGCCGUUGCUGAGGACGCUGCUGCCGCUGCUGCUGUGCCUAGUAGCGCUGAUGCUGCUGGUGGUGCUGCUGGUGGUGCUGCUGCUAUUGGAGACGGGCAGGGGGGUGGAGAGGGGGAGGUGGUGAAGGGAGGGAAGGAGGGUGAAGAAGGGAAGGCAGGGGAGGAGAAGGCUGAUGGGAGCGAUGGCAAGGGUGGAAGCAGGCAAGAGGACAGCAGGCCACAGGUGCGUGUGGUACCCCCCACCCCCGCCCCCCCCGUGUUGCCUCUUCCUUCCUAA